AUCUUCCUUAUGAGCAUCCAUUUUCAUCCUACCGAUCCAAUCAUCGAGGAUGACCACGAUGCCAAUUUACCCUCGAGCGACGAAGACGAAGACGAAACCUGGGAUGAUUGGAUCUCUGAUUCGAGUACGCAACGCGGCGACUGCAGAUCUCUUUUUGACAACAAGACUGGCAACGUAGAAGACAUCAUUGCAUACGACAAGGCAGCUCAUGGUUUUGAUCUGAACGAGGCUUGCGCAAGAUUAUCACUGGAUGUGCACGGGCGUAUACGAUUGAUAAAUUUCAUUCGUCAAACUAAACCCGCCCCUGCCAAUAUCACAUCGUUGACGGGAAAAGAAUCUUUUUUCACGAGUGAUGAUUUUCUUCGUCCAGUUGUGGAGGAUGAUCCUAUGCUUCGAUAUCAGCCUGACGAUUGGACUGAUUCCGAAGAUGAAGAUUCUCUUUCUACGGAUCGACGCAUUCGAUUAUUAGAACAGAAACUAACAGAAACAAAACGCGACUUUCAGGAAUAUCGAAAGAUCGUCAACCAACGUUUCAACCUUGGGCAAACUGCAGAGCCCAGUGGUCUCCCACCAAAGCGCGAUGAUGAUUCUCAUUAUUUCGAAAGCUACGGCGCUAAUGACAUUCACGCAGUCAUGAUCCAGGACAAAGUGCGGACAUCCACCUAUGCACGCUAUAUUCUCGGAACACCCUCUGUAUUUGAAAACGCUAUAGUCCUUGAUGUUGGCUGCGGCACUGGUAUCCUCUCUCUCUUUGCUGCAAGGGCAGGUGCAAGGAAAGUUUUUGCUGUGGAUGCUUCAGACAUCGCUAUGAAGGCCGAGAAAAUCGUAAAAGCGAAUGAUUUGGACAGUGUCAUUACUGUUAUCCGAGGAAAGGUCGAAGACAUCCAGCUACCUGAAGGAGUCAAAGUUGAUGUUAUCAUCUCCGAAUGGAUGGGAUAUGCGUUGUUGUACGAAAGCAUGCUUGACUCUGUCUUGGUUGCCCGAGACCGAUUUUUGAAGCUUGACGGUGUUAUGGCUCCCGCCCACUCUAAAAUGAUGCUUGGGCUAUGUGAUGCUAGUGAAAUAGUGAAGGACCGCAUAACUUUUUGGAACGAUGUUUAUGGCUUUGAUAUGUCAGUUAUGGCAGAGGAAUUGUAUCAUGAAGCUGUCAUCGAUGUCGUUGGAUCUCAUGCUAUGCUAAGCACCCCGUCUGUCGUGAAGGAACUCCAUCUCUCCUCGAUUACUACCCGCCAGCUCGACUUCAUAUCCUCGUUCAAAUUGACAUCUUCAGUCGAUCGACGUACCAAAGUCACUGCCUUCAUUCUAUAUUUUGACACUUUCUUCACCGCGUCUGGCAAUCCAGUCGCUUCUGAAAAGGAGGUAGAUGUUAUACAGGAAAACGAUGCUGUUGUCGCAGAAGUCUGGCCUUUGGGCGGGCGACCUGCGCCUCAAAGACGCAUGAGCCAGCAUCACAAGAAGGAAAAGUCUGUGGAAAAGCCUGCAGGUGAUGCAACCAAAACGGAUGUGGUGACAAGUUUCAGUACGGGCCCGAAAAGUAUCCCCACUCACUGGAAACAGACUCUGUUCUUGCUGAAAGAACCUUUCGUGGUAGAUGAAGGAUAUGUCGUAUAUGGCCACUUUCAUUGCCGCAAAAGUGUCUCGAACUCUCGUGAGAUUGACGUCGAGAUACACUAUACAAUACAGGACGUUGAGGGCCAAAAUGAGAAUCCGGAGGUCAUAGUGCAGAUGUUCAAAAUACAGUAGUGAAAUCAGAAUGCUUUCUGUCUACUAAAAUCUCCAUCCAUGCCAAUGGCUCAUUCUACCUAUGUUUUACUGUAUGUUCCAGUACUAUGUAUAUAGGGUACAUAAUCUCUUAACAAAUAGAUAUUGAUACCGGCGCUUA